CAUUAUAGUUAAACAUUGUACAAAUUUCCAAAUGGGUGGAAAGGAUAUACUGUAUUAGUCAUAUAAUCUAAACCACUAACUCAAAAGUUGUGGGAUUAUUGGUGGAUUGAUAAUCUUAACAAAUUCAACCUAACAUAGAACCAAAAAUUAGACUUACCCUUUUUGUUCUUAUUUUAUUUCUUUAUUUUAUAAUAUCAUUCACUCUUCAUCUUCUCUUAUUCCCCAACCUUUCCUUCUCUUUCUCUCUAAGAAGUAGAUAUGAUGUUACUCGGGAAGCGUCCACGAGGCCAAAUGAAGAGAACCAGCAGUGUAUCAGGGAUAACCGUCGAUCUAAGCCACGUGGAGGGUCAAGAGCCGUCCGAAGAUCAUCAGGUUCCGACCACCGGAGAAAUUCCUCCCGUCAUCUGCAGCAGCCAAAGUUUGGAUUGUGAUGUAAUGAAUUAUACCUUAUCUUUUGUGUCACCGAGAGGCCGCAAAAAUCUCUCCCCCGCCGCCUUUAACAAAGACAUUGACCACCGUUCUUCCGAUCACUUUCUCCGUAGUUGCACCUUCUGUCGCCGCCGUCUAUCACCCGGCCGUGACAUUUAUAUGUACAUGGGAGAUACAGCUUUUUGUAGUGCCGAGUGCAGAGAGCAGAAGAUGAAAGAAGAUUGGAGAAAAGAGAAGGGAAUAACCACCACCGUCCAUCGGCCGGCAUGAAGAAAUUAAACAUCAGAUUAUGUCACACGUACCUGUGUAUAAUUUUAGAUGGGUCGUUUUAAUUUGAAGUGUGUGAAGAAGAAGAAGGUAUAUGAUUGAUUAUGAAAAUGAUCAUCAUCUGCAGCUUGGGAAAAUUAAAGCUAACACGUUUUUUGUUUGAAAAUAUAUGUGCUUUAAUUUAAUGUGUUCUUUUUGGUUCAAUUAUUAUUUUAGAACUUUUUUUCUUUGGUUUCACUUGUAACAAUAUAUCAUAGUCUACCUUACAUAAGUUUAAUCCCAUCCAUAUUUUCAUUUAGUAUA